AUGCGCGCGACACUUUUACUGUUGGCUUUAGGCUUAGCUGCUGUGGCAGCCGUCCCUAAAAAUCCACAAAAGAUAGUUGGUGGUUCAACGACAACUAUCGAACAAUAUCCUUUUGGUGCGUCUCUUCUUUAUUCCUGGUUUGGUAUUCUUUACAAUCAAGCUUGUGGCGGCACUGUAUUAAACAACAGGGCUAUUCUUUCUGCUGCUCAUUGUUUUGUUGGCGACAAUGCGAACAAUUGGCGAAUUCGAUUGGGUUCUUCCAAUGCCAACAGUGGUGGUCAGGUCUAUAAUACAAACCAGAUCAUCUCUCAUCCCGACUACAAUUCGCGCACGCUUGAUAACGACGUCGCUAUUUUACGUUCCUCGUCCGCUUUCUUGUUCAGCAACAGCGUCAGCGCUGCAAGCAUUGCUGGUUCCGGUUACAAUCUUGGGGACGACCAAGUUGUUUGGGCUAUCGGAUGGGGUACCACAUCCGUUGGCGGAUUUUCUUCUGAGCAAUUACGUCACGUUCAAAUAUGGACCGUGAAUCAGGAUAUUUGCAGAAUUCGUUACGCAGAGUUAGGCAUGACUGUCACUGACAACAUGUUGUGCUCCGGUUGGUUGGAUGUCGGCGGUCGCGAUCAGUGUCAGGGUGACUCUGGAGGACCUCUCAUCCACAACAAUGUGAUCGUUGGUGUGUGUUCCUGGGGAUAUCGGUGCGCACUCGCUCGUUACCCUGGUGUUAACGCUCGUGUCUCGCGCUUUACUUCUUGGAUCCAAUCAAACGCUUAA